AUGCAUUGGUCUGCAGUCAUCUGUUCGUUUUUGCUUUCAUCUGUCCCUGCCAAGGCUGCAGCUUCGUCCUCUUCUUCAUCUACAUGUCGCUGUUUUCCUGGUGAUACCUGUUGGCCUUCAGCUGCUGCAUGGGCGAAAUUCAACCAGUCUGUCGAUGGGACUCUAAUCGCAACUGUACCUUUGGGCACUCCCUGUCAUGCCCCCUCAUACAAUGCCGCCGAGUGCGAUGUGCUUCGCAAUGGAUGGCUCCUACCGGAAGAGCACUAUGAGUCUUCAUCGUCCAUUAUGGCUCCAUGGUUCACGAACGAGACUUGCGAUCCUUUUCAUCCAGUCUCGCAGCCUUGUACUUUAGGAAAUUAUGUUGUCUACUCGGUCAACGUUUCUAAGCCAGAGCAUGUUUCCAAGACUCUUGCGUUUACCAAACAGAACAACAUCCGUGUUGUCGUUCGUAACACCGGUCACGACUACAAUGGAAAGUCCACUGGUGCUGGUGCUAUCGCCAUCUGGACCCAUCACUUAAAAACUCGGGAAGUCAUUGAUUACAACGGCACCUAUUACCAAGGCAAAGCAGUCAAACUCGGUGCCGGUGUUCAAGGCAUCGAGGCCUAUGAGCUAGCAAAUGCAAACGGCCUCCAGGUCGUCGGCGGAGAAUGCCCUACUGUCGGUAUUGCCGGCGGUUACUCUCAAGGCGGCGGUCAUUCCGCUCUCUCUUCCCGCUACGGAUUGGGCGCUGACCAGGUCGUCGAGUGGGAAGUCAUUGACGGCACGGGAAAGUUCCGGGUUGCCAAUCGUGAGCAAAAUUCGGAUUUGUACUGGGCGUUGUCCGGCGGUGGUGGUAGCACCUACGGUGUUGUGUGGUCGAUGACAUCCAAAGCUCACGCAAGCACACCUGUAUCUGGUCUGAACCUGACAUUCACAAAUGAGGGAGUCUCCCAGGACACUUACUACAAGGCUGUUGGUAUCUAUCACGCUAAUCUCGCAUCGAUCGUUGAUGCCGGUGCCAUGAGUGUUUGGUAUUUUACCAACACCAGUUUCGCAAUCUCCCCAAUUACCGGACCUAAUAUCCCCGUUGCCAAGUUGAUCAGUCUCGUCAAGCCUUUCACAGAUGCACUGACCGAACUUGGCAUCAAAUACACUACCUAUUCUCAACAAUUCGACACUUACCUAGACGAGUACAACGGCAUGCAGGGCGCCAUCGAAGUUGGUAUUGCCCAAUACGGCGGCUGGCUUAUCCCACGCUCCGUCGUUGAGACAAAUAACGACAACUUGACUGACGUCUAUCGCUACAUUACCGAAGAUGGCGCCCAAUUCAUCGGUGUUGGUGUGAAUGUUUCCAAGGCUCUUGUUGGCAAUGAUAUCUAUAAUGCCGUUUUGCCUGCUUGGAGAGAUACUUUAAUUGAUACUGUCAUCACCACACCAUGGAACUUUACAGCCCCCAAAUCUGAUAUGGUCGCAGAACAGCUCAAGAUGACCAACGAUUACAUCCCGCGAUUGAAAGCCUUGGCGCCCAAUUCCGGUGCUUACAUGAAUGAGGCCGACUUCCGUCAACCAGACUUCCAAGAAGCCUUCUUCGGUGCUAACUACCAACAACUGCAAUGUGUCAAAGCCAAGUACGACCCUGAAGACUUGUUCUACGCUAUUACUGCUGUCAACUCGGACCAAUGGACUGAGUUGGAGAACGGCCGGUUGUGUAGAACUUGA